AUAUGAUCUAGGCCGCUAGAGGGUGGUUCGACUCUUGUCAUUUGUCGACAAUAUUCAUCCGUACAGGAAGUGGGUACACAUUUCAAAUGUGUUACAGAAUGUCUCUCUGUCACGAAAACAACCAACGACUACAAAUUGCGAAAGUCUGUGCUUGUUGUCUUCUGCUCCUCAACCUGGUGUUUGGUAUAGCUGUUAUCACAGUCUACUCCUCUAAGUCACCCCACACACGACAGAGAUCAACAGACUGGGAAAAGGUUUUGGAAGAGGUGUACCUGGACACAGUGGAUGUUUCAAGACAAAGGAUUCCUGAACAUGCGGAUAGGGAGGAGCAUGGUGAUCCUGAUCCUGACCUGCAACUUCUUAAUUUGUUGAAACCGGUUUCUCAUUUCUCUGGUCUUGAUUUCAACAUUGAAACUGCAGAUCGAAAAAGGAAUUUGACCACACUCCGAAACUGGGCCAACCCUGAUGGUUCUGACAGAAAGCUCCUGUACAAUGGAAUGAGUUACGAGAACGGCUCCAUCACAGUACCUGCAGCAGGAGUGUACCACAUCACAAGUCAUGCCAAGUUCUACGUCGAGGACAACAGGAAGGAUGACAAGCCACUCCAAACAUUCCAGCACCAGGUUGUCCGCUAUAGCGCCUCCAGCCAGACACAGGUCGUGUUGUUUGAGAAUGCCGUGACUGAGUGUAAAGAGGGCAUCAAUGACGGAGCUCACCUGGAGUACCCGAGUGAUGCUGGUGGACUGGCUCAGUUAGAUGCUGGAGACCAGGUGAUGGUGAAGGUGUCCCACUUGCAGACGCUGAAGCAUGAUCGCGACUGGCACUCUUUUGACGUUGUACUCAUCUGAGGGUACGUGAAAACCUGGCUUCAGAACAGGUGUUCAAAUAUAUUUGAUUGUGUAUACAAGGACAUGACUUAUUUCAUAUGUGGCCCCUAAAGCACAAUUGUAGUAGAACACUCUAAAAUGUCAAGUGAAGAAUUUAUAUUAGCGUAGUGCAAAAACAUAACACAUUAAUAGAAACUUAUCUCAUUACAUCAACAUGUGUUGUAUUUCGAAUAUUAUUAUUAUUAUGUUUAGCUUAACAAGAAGAUAUUUUAAGUGAAGGUUGUAUUUUUUUCAGAAAUAUAUUUAUUACUGUAAAUCUUGAAAUUAUCCUCUCAA